UUAAAUUUUUUCUUCCGGUCACGUGGUCGGGGUCACCGCUUCAUUCAUUCGCAAGGACGAAACAUGGCGGCGACAGCAGCAAGCAAGAAGGUGUUUGAAGUGUUUGUGUCAAAAGUACCAUGGACCGUCGCAACGAGGGAAAUGAAAGAAUAUUUUGGGCAGUUUGGCCAGGUGAAGAAAUGUCUACUGCCAUUUGAUAAAGAGACUGGUUUUCAUAGGGGCUUUUGCUGGAUAGGGUUCACUACAGAGGAAGGACUGCAGAAUGCAAUACAAAAGGAUCCUCACAUCAUUGAAGGUGCAAAGCUUCAGGUCCAAAAAAACAGAAAGCCGUUUUAUGGAAGAAAAUCAAACAAAGAAGCAGAAGACAUCUGAAGAAGACGUCAGAAAUGAUCUGAUUUCAAGCAUCAAAAUGUCUUCAGUAACACAGAAUUGUAUUUAUUGCAGAUGUGUCUUCACUGGGCUUAUCUGUUUUUCAGAAGCCAAAAUAUAAUGAGUGUUUAUUGUCAUUGUAUUGUCCGGUGCUUUUUUGUCUUAUAAAACAUUUAUAAAGCAUUUUUUUGUAUGUACUAGAGCAUUUUGCCUUUUACAAAAUUUUUUUUUUCAGGAACAUUUUUGUUAUAAUAGGGGAAAGCCUCCUCACAUCCUGAAUGCAAUCAAUAGUUUAAAAUGAUCUAAAUAAAAAAAUAUCAGUAUUCUG